AGUUCGGCAGUAAAACAAACGAUUGAAACACUACAAAAAAUAAAUUCAUCCAGUACCUUUGAUUUGUCAUUGUUCACUUCAUUCACAGUUGCAUCACUGUCAAAAAAUGAGUAGCUUUAUGUGAAGAAAAAUAAAUUUCGGUCAAUCGCUUUGACCUGCUGGGAAUCAACAUAACCACUGCAUUUACAAUUCUUAAAUUCUUUGAGUAUGAGUUUUUGAAAGGCUUUUUGGUGAAAGCAGUCAUUCUGAAAAUUUUCCAUCCUUUAAAAUAUCCUGGACUUGGACUGAUGUCUUCCGAAUAAAUGAAAAAUUCAUUCAGCAACUGUCCAUCAUGUUUACUUGCCGAGAUGACAAAGGUGGCGAGCUUAGUAGCCAGGUCUCAAAAAUGUUACAUUCACAGCCUGGCGUGGUGAAUAUAGUGUCAUAUAAGCAAUCCCUCAACCAAUCAGAUUGCUUUUUGUUCAGCUCUGAAAUUAUACUAAUAUCAUAUAUGCGCAUGUGUAAACAGCACUAUAGUUUCACACAUUUAACCCCUUUUAUUAAUGUUUCAUUCACUUUUAGAAAACUUUGCAGAAGUAUUGUUCUGGCAAACAAGUGAAAGAAGGAUGGGUACUUUCAGUACCUUACGAUGCUAAGCAUGGUGUAGGCACCCCUUACCUCAAGCCUGCAGAGGGAGGCUCAUCAUCCAAGGGAAAUAGAACAAUUAAAAGUUGGCAAGAUGCGGUAGAGGUGUGCUAUGCUCUUCGGAUAUCUGACCCACCCUCCAUAGAAAGAUAUGCAGACAAAGAGGCUAUGCGUCAGCUGAGUUCUCCUCCACCAAAGUGGAGUUUAGACGCAGAUGAAGAGCUGGCUAAGUUCAUGGCUGAACAUGUUAACAAGCAGGAGGCAUCUCUUGGAAAUAUCAGCAGAUAUGUGGAGUCAGUACAGGUUUCCUCUGAAGAAGAAUCUAAAGAUGCACUGACUGACGGCGAUCCAGAGACUUACUGGGAAACUGAUGGCAGCCAAGGCAGACAUUGGAUUAAACUAUCAAUGAGACCUGGCACUGUUAUUAGACAACUCCUUGUGACUGUAGAUGCCAAAGAUGAUAAUUACAUGCCACAUCACAUUGUUGUCAUGGGUGGAGACUCUGACAGCCUGAAAGAAAUCAGUGAGGUCUUUAUUGACGCGAGUCAUACAGGAGAUGUGUGUAUUGCAAAGAGCUUGACGCAAUAUUACAGCAUCAUUCAAAUUAGAAUCAAAGAGUGCAAAGAUGAAGGCAUAGACACUCGCAUCCAUGGUAUCAAGUUAAUAUCAGAGAGCGAAAAAGAGCCAGGACUUAACCAAGAUUUGUUUUCUUCAAAAGAACUCAUCAGGUUCCCAAAAUUAGAUGCCGUAGAUCCUGCCUUACUGUACAGAAGAGCACAAGCUUUGCUCAGGUUCACUGAGCUUCUGGACAGUGUGUUACAUUAUCUUCUUCCUUCUUGGAAUUAUUCAGCUGGGUCGUUUAAAGACUUGGAGGUAAUACAAAACUUGAUAAAUUUCAUAAUAGAGCANCUCGCAGACAUGGCUGAGGAGCUUUGUCCAAGUUCGGUUGAAGCACCCAUACCGGUUCCUUUCUUUAUUCGCAGUCCCAAUCAGUUACACGACUCUUCAAAUGUAAACAGAGAUGCGUACGUCCCUAAUCCUUCUUGCAAGCAGUUCGGCAAGUAUGAGUGGAUUGGCAUGUUAAUGGGAGCCUGCCUUAGGAGUAACAGAGAACAUCUGGUAUGGAGUGGCUGUUGUGGUUUUAGUGAAUAUCUGCGUGACAACACACUAGUAAAUCUUGUACCUGGUGGAGCGGACAGAUUUGUUGAGUAUGAAGAAAGAACGGAGUACAUUCAACUCGUGCGCAACUGUCGAAUGUGUGAAGGGAAAACGCAGAUCGAGGCAAUAAGGCGAGGUCUUCUUAAAGUUCUUUCCCAGGCUGUACUCGACCUUCUUACUUGGCAGGAACUGGAAAGGAGGGUGUGUGGGGAUCCAGAUCUAACAGUGGAGGCGUUGAAAAAAUGCAUGCACUAUGAAGAUAUCACCGAAAAUGACCGGCGGGUCAAAUUCUUGUGGAAAGCUUUGGAGAAUUUCACAAAUGAUGAUCGAAGCCGAUUUCUUCGUUUCGUAACCGGACGGAGAAGACUUCCAGCUCCAUUGUAUAUUUGUCCGGGAAGAAGUUCUGUGCAAGUUGAUUCAUUACCUGAAGCUGCCACCUGUUCCAGCACACUUUUUCUACCGGAAUAUUCAAGUGCGAAAGUAGCAGAGGAAAAGAUACGAUAUGCUGCUUACAACUGCUUGGCGAUCGACACAGACGUCAGCCCUUGGGAAGAGUAACCGAUGAACGCGUGUCAUGUGGGCGAGAUAACGCGAGAAAGAACCGAGUAUUAUACGACUUUAACCGAACUCUACACGACGAGAAUCGAACUAUGCGAAGCCGGAACCAAAUCCUGCACGAUAAGAACCGAAACUUGCACGACAAGAACCGAACCAUAUACGACAACAGACGAAUCCUACGCAACAAUAACCAAACCGUGCACGGCAAUAACCGGACCCUAUACGACAAGUAGCUAACUGUAACCGAACCCUGCACGACAAGUAGCCAAAUCUAUGCAAUUGUAACCGAACCGUAGCCGAUGAGAAGCUAACCGUGCACGACAAGAGCCGAACCCUACACGACAAGGAUCGAAUCCUACGCAACAGUAACCGAACACUACACGACACGUAGCUAACUGUGCACGGCAAGAACCGAACUCUAAACAGCAAGAUCAAAACCCUGUAUGAUAACAACCGAACUGAACGCGACAAGAAUCGAACCUUGCGAAGCAAGAAUGGAACCCUUCAAUGAAAAAAGGAGGUCUCACGAAAACCUAUGGCAAUGGCGUGGAUUACCGUGGAUUGCCUCGAUGUUCAAGGCGACUAAAUGUUGCCAUUUUUAUUAUUAUUAUUUCAUCCGCGAAUGAAUAACAUGCCAAGAUGCCUGGCUGAUUUGGGGCUAUAAAAAUAAUUGUGACGCCUUGUCGUUUUGAGAUUUCUUAAGUUACGAGAUCUUUUUAAGUCUCCUUGCGGUAAGGGGCUGCACUGGCGGUUAUUGUGUUGAUAUGCACAAAUUAUAAAGCAGCUAGCAGUCUUAUAUUUCCUUUGCUGAAUGUAUUUUCUUAUCAUGAAUUUUACAAUAUUAGGAGAUAUAAACUUUAAUUUAAUAUUGUAGAAAAAUUUAAUCUACUUUGUAAAAAACAAAUAAACUAUCAAUUAUCCAAUCAAUUUAUCAACCAUUCAAUUAAGAAAUUUGAAAUCACUUUUUGAUAGCAGUAGCGCCAAAGAGCUAGUAAGCUGAUAGUGAUUAUAAAACAGUACUAACCUUUAAACGAAAUAAAUAAUUAUUAAAAACAAUGCAGUGAAGAAGACAACAGCGGUUCAAAAAGCCGCAUUGGAGAAUACCCUCUGUGAAGGCGAAAAGUGUUGGUUUUCCAACAGUUUAAAUAAAUUCUCCUUGGCCGAAUCAGA